AUGCGUAAAAAUCGGGGCAUUGCAUCGCCUCAUCUUGCAGAGGACAAGAUGCUUGCGGAUACGUUGUUUGACGUGCUGGCCUAUGACUGGUGCGGAUGUUACUUGCGGAAGCGAAAAUUGGAGCAGGAAUCAGUUGGAGUCUCAGAUGCCCAAUUUGACAUGAUCGUGAUGAUGCUUCAGGAUAACCCUGGGCGUGCUAGUCAAUACGGAACUACUCCUGCCUUGGUCUCUCAGAUGAAGGCCAAUCGUGAAGCAAAGAAGACACUUGACGUAACUACCGAAGAUAAACGCAUGAAUAAUAGGCCGCGUUGCGUGGGAAGACUGGGAUUGAUGUUUACAUCUCGCGAAUCAAGGAAACAGGAAACGCUGCUAGCGAUGGUGAGCGUCAGUAGCCGCAUGCUCGAGGUCAAUCCAUUGUUUGUGCUACGAAAACCAUGUUGCUCAAAAGCGCCACCGGAUGUGGCCCAUGCAGGUGACUAUGAUGGCAAUACGUCAACUGCCCCGCUUUGUGUAUCGUGUUCGUCGUAG